AUGAAAGUUGCAGUGAAGGAAAGUUGCAUGGUCAGGCCAGCCAAGGAAACCCCGCGGCAGCGCCUGUGGCUCUCCAACUUGGACCAGUUGGUCGUUAAAAGUAAUGCUCGCAUGAUGACGAUGCUGCAACCUUACAGGCCUGACGGGCGCCGCUCUCGCAAUUUCUUCGACGGCAGGGUGCUGAAGGAGUCCCUGAGCCAGGCCCUCGUCACCUUCUUCCCGGCGGCGGGGAGAUUGGCCCGAGAUGAGUCCGGCGAAUUUGAAAUCGACUGCGGUGGCCAAGGCGUCCUUUUCGUGGAAGCUGAAACUGAUGCCACCAUUUCAGACAUGGGCGAUUUCCAGCCUGGUUCUGAGUUGUUGCAGUUAGUCCCACAAGUUGACUUCUCCAAAGGCAUUUCCUCCUUUCCCUUGCUUCUCGUACAGUGCUAUAAUUUAUUCACCAAAUGGGCUAGCCUAGCUCGUGACCGCCUACCCGUGACGGCGAACCUGCUGCCUUUCCUCGACCGGACAAUUCUCCGAUCAAGAUCUCCACCGGCUCAGACGUGCCACUUCGUGCUGAACUUCGGUUGGGGCGACCCGAUUUUCACUCGUGCACCAAAUUCUGAAGGAUCGCGUUUCAUAUUGUCGAACCCCAACGAUGGGGACGAUGGUGUGUCGCUCUCCAUUAACUUAGAGGUCGUCACGAUGGAGAGAUUCAAAGGGAUGUUCAAUACUACAUGGCCACAACUUCAUUCUCACUUGUGA